UUUGUUUCCUCUCUUCGUCUCCCUUGUGUAUCUCAGUCUCUCGCUAAAACCCCCAUUGAAGCGGCAAAUAACGAUAACUCCAACGCGAGAACCAUGGAUCCGAAACCAACCUCAAUGUGGAGUUCUAUUGUGAAGAAAGAUCCACCUUCAAAGCCUCCGGUUAACGACGGAGCUCCGGCAGCGAUUCUCGGUAUGGUCGGAAACUGCAAAUCCACAAAGGGAAUAUCUAUGGCUGUUGUUGAUGCCAACGCCGUCAUCGAAGGAGGCCAGAGCUUAACAAACUUCGCCGACAGAUUCGUAACCGUCCCUGAAGUACUCUCUGAGAUUCGUGACCCUGCUUCUCGCCGUCGUCUCUCUUUCAUCCCUUUCACUAUUGAUACCAUGGAACCUUCUCCUGAAUCUCUCAGUAAAGUUAUCAAAUUUGCAAGAGCUACUGGUGAUUUGCAAACUCUGUCUGAUGUUGAUCUCAAAUUGAUUGCUUUGUCAUACACGCUUGAGGCUCAGGUUCAUGGCACCAAAAAUCUUAGAGAUGUUCCUCCACCGAUUCAAACUGUUAGAGUAAAGAGGUUACCUGAGAAGGAUUUACCUGGUUGGGGCUCCAAUGUGUCUAACUUGGACGAGUGGGAGGCACUUGAAAACGAGACUGAGGAACAAUCCAACGCUAACUCCAAAAUCCUUCCGUUGAAAGACCUUAACAUGAAUAUUAUCGCUUCGGACAAUGUUUCUGAGAUUGGUUCUGUUGUCUCUCAUACUGAGAAUCAUGAAGUGGAUGAGCAGGAAGGUGAGAAGAAGCAUAGGCGAUACCCGCCCAAGAAAACAGAGAUUAAGCUUGAGGGUAAGAUGGUAGUGAAGGGAAUAGAUGCAUCCCAGGGGCAAUAUGAUGAUGAUGAUGAUGAUGCCAGUGAUUGGAGACCCGCAGUUAGUAGAAGUACUCACAGAAGGUUUCUUAGAAGGAAGGCGACGUGGGAACAUCACAAUGCCUUGGCUGAACAAGAAAUUCAGCAAGAUCAAGAAGCUGACAAAGCUCGACACAUGAUCGAGGACACAGCUGAUCUGCAUCAGCAGUCAAAUCAGAUGUCUAAAGACCCCAAUGAAAACCAUGCAAAGGAUAGCGGAAAGGGUGGUGAGGAUCUAUCGUCCAUCCUAAAAGAUAUGAGGUUGGAGGAAGAUUCAUUAAGGGCUCUCCACGAAGGGACCGAAGAGACGAAUGCUGAAGCAACUUUGAUCAAUGGUGAGGAUGAUAUUGAAGUCGAAGCUGAGGGUAUCGAUGGUACAAAUCAAGCGCUAGAGAACUCGGAGAUUGCUAGUGAGGCUGGGGAUACCUUUGAGGCAUCAUCGAUUGCAGAUGAUGGUAGCAGCGAGCAGAGUUGGUCGUUGAGAGCCUUAUCUGAGUCCAGUGUAGCUUGUAUAACUGGUGACUAUGCAAUGCAGAAUGUUAUUCUUCAAAUGGGUUUGCGUUUGCUUGCACCCGGCGGAAUGCAAAUUCGCCAAUUGCACAGGUGGAUCUUGAAAUGCCAUGCUUGCUACACAGUAACUCCUGAAAUUGGAAGAAUUUUCUGUCCCAAGUGCGGUAAUGGUGGCACUCUACGCAAGGUAGCGGUUACAAUAGGCGAGAAUGGCGCCAUCAUAGCUGCAUGUAAACCACGAAUUAUACUUCGAGGGACCCAAUAUUCGAUACCAAUGCCUAAAGGAGGAAGAGAGGCAAUCACCAAGAAUUUGAUUCUACGGGAAGAUCAACUCCCUCAAAAGUUUCUCCACCCUAGGACCAAGAAGAAAGCAAGCAAACCGGGUGAUGAGUACUUUGUAUCAGACGAUGUGUUCUUGAACCAUCAUAGUGAUAGAAAGGCACCAUUGCAGCCUCCGGUGAGAAAAGCUAUGUCGGUUUUCAGCCAGAAAAGAAACCCUAAUGACAACCAUUACUCUCGUUCUAUGCACUGAUCUUUGUUUCUCCAACACAACAAUCAUCUCCUUUACUUUAAGAAGAUGCCAAUGAUUUUGUCUCUUCUUUUUACUUUUUCUUUUUGAUUGUUGUCUUAAAGUCCAAAACUUUUUUGAAAAGGUGAGAGAGUUUAUAACUUUUAUUCGGUUCAUA